AUGUAUAAAAAUGAUUAAAUAUUAAUCAAAGCUUAUAGAAGGGAAAAUAGUCCUUGUUCACAACUUAAACUACCUCAACUUACAAAAAGUCCUUACUUAAAAUAAAAUAAUUAAAUACCAAGUCAAAGAUCAAAAAACUAAUCACCUUUUCAAAAAUAAAGUAGCAAAGGAAGAUCAAUUUCUAACAUAAUUUCAAAUAACUCAUUGAAUAUAUCAACCCAAAUAAGCACACAAGAGAGAAUCAAAACAAACAAUUUUAACAAAAAGUCCCUCUUACAUAUUGAUGAAUUAUUGGAUAAAUUUAAUAUGAACGCUGGGUUUGAUUAAUAAUAUAAAUACUUAGAUUAAUUGGAAAAAUAAAGUUCAAUCUUAGUACAUAACUACUUAUAAAUUCAUCAGCAAAUGAUUAACCAAAGACACCGAAUUCACUGUCUAAAAAAAUGA